AUGGGCUUCCAGGUGGCCGCCGUGGCACCGUCGCCGUGCGCGCGCUCCUCCUCCGCCUCGUCGUCGCCCUCGACCUCCUCGCGGCCGUUGCCCGCCUUCCUCGGAGGCGGGGGCGGCGGCGGCGGAUGCGCGGGGCUCGCGAGAUCCCGGUCACCCCUAACCUGGGGAACCGGUGUGAUGGUGCGGCGGCCGCGCCUGGCUCGGAUGCCAGCGAGGUGCGCGCUGAGCGCGAGUUUGGAUGGAAUGGGUGGCGGGGACGCGGAGUUCAUGAAGAGGAUCGAGGAGCUCGCGGCGGCGGCCGGGGUGCAGCCGGCGGGCGCGGCGGGUUGCGGGUGGCCCGCGAGCGUGGAGCGGAGUGCGAGCAACGUCGGCCUGCCGCUGUCGCUGCGGAUGCUGAAGCGGAAAAAGCAGCAACAGCAGGCGCAGGCUCAGCGGCAGCAGGUGGUGGCGGCGCGGCAUUCGCGCUGGGACGAGGGGCUGCUGCUGGGCUCCGCCGGGGAGUCGGUGGGCCGCGCCUUCUCCUCCAUGGUGCUCAUUGUGCGGGAGAUGCAGAGCUUCGCGCUGCAGCAGAUGCGUGACGCGCUGCUCUGCGACGACCUGCAGGGCGUCCUGGCUCGCGUGCAGGGCGAGAUGCACGCCUCCUUCGUCUGGCUCUUCCAGCACAUCUUCGCGGGCACGCCGGCGCUCAUGGUCUCCCUCAUGCUCCUCCUCGCCAACUUCACCGUCCAAUCGAUGGGCCACAGCAUCGCCGCUGCGGCCGCCAUCAUCCCGCCCACCCCGCCUGCUGUCGCCCUGGUCAACACCCAGCGCGCCGAGCCGUCACGGCCGCGGUUCGACGCGGCUUCGGUGAAGACGUUCUCCGUCGGCCGGACGGCCUCGGUCGGCGGGAACAGCGGCGGCGGCGGCAAGACGCCGCCUGUCGCUGGCGCCACCGGCGACGGCCGGUCGGACGAGUCCUUGUAUCGGCUAAGCCGUGUGGCGCCGCAGCAGCCGUCGGCGCCCCCUGCGGCUGAGGUCGCCGCCCAAGACGCUGCGAACGCGGACGAGCAGGCCAUUUGGGAAAUGAUGCUCGCGGAGGCCUCCAAGAUGCAGGCCAGCGCGCGCGCCGAGGAGCUGAGCGAGUUGGACGUGCUAAGAAGCCUCGUCGCGCCGGUGGAGGUGGAGCUGGAGACUGAGGAUCACGCCGAGCACACGCUGACGCAGCAGAGGUACGAGCAGGCCGUCGCCGCUGAGCCCAAUAACUCGCUCAUCCUCGCCAACUUCGCGCAGUUCCUCUACCUCGUGCAGAACGACCACGACCGGGCGGAGCACUACUUCGAGAGGGCUGUGCGCGCUGAGCCGGCGGACUCAGAGGCGCUGAGCUGGUACGCUACCUUUCUGUGGAAGGCGCGGAACGACCUCGCCGGCGCGGAGGACACCUACCAGGAGGCCAUCGCGGCCGACCCCGGGAACGCUCACCACGCCGCGGCCUACGCGCACUUCCUCUGGAACACCGGAGGUGAGGACACUGGAGCGAGUUGUGAUCCAGGAGGACAUGAUGGUGGUGGUGGUGCUUCUUCCCCCGCCCCGGGAACCCGGGCAAAUGGAGCUUUUGACCCGGCAGGGAAGGACGAGGGCCUCUCGGGUCCCGACGAGCUUGUCGGGGCCAACCGGCGGCCGGGAGGCAUGGAGGCUGGCUGUAGAAAUGUGGUAGAGCGCAGAGUCGUCGAGGGCGACGAGGUGGCAUGGAUCAUGGAUGGAUGUUCUAUGACUAUGGAGUACUAG